AUGCGGCAACUGCUGUUGUCCUCGAUACUCUGGGUGACGAGUUUCGCGGUAAUAAAACCAGAUCUCUACGUAUGGCUCGAACAAAAUAGUUAUAUAUGUGACUUGUCCCUUUCUGGAGAUGCGCCACGAUUCUUGACAGCAGACGAAUCAAAACAGUUCAAGUGCGAAUGUGGUGACCCACUCGUCAGCCGUCGAGCCUGUUCUCGACGUGGUGACGAUCUGCCGAUCUGUACUGAAAUUCCGGAUCUAUGCAUGAGAGAGUACAUUAUUUUAUUCACAGAGACGUCCGAUCGACUAUCGCAGUGUCCACCACAGCUACCACGCAAGCACCCACGACGGUUGCGGCGACCUCGAACGACUCGUCGGCAAACGCCCACAUUCCGACAGCUUCAGCAACGACAAAACACUCCUCCGACGGGCACGCGACGACCUUCGAAUAGGCAAUUCUUGUUCAGAAGCAGAACGCCUGCUCGGCCUCUGACGAGAAGGCCAUCCACGAAGCAGAACACCUUCACUUUGCAGGUACAGCGGUUACUAUCUAAGUCUAACAGUCAGAAUCGCUUCCCGUUCACCAGGCGGCCUUCUAAUCGAUCACGUGAUCGUGCACGUCCACUGCCAAGACUUUUGCCGUCAUCGCGAUUCCGCUCGACGUUCAGGGAGCAGUUUCCGCAGUUCAGAAGGCGUCCAUCCACGGACUCAUUUCAGACGACGUCCAACAUCAUGGAGGCCAUCAAAUUGAGCAAGACUGAGUUACUGUUGGCGGAGCUGACCAGUCGAAUCCGAGCCCUUGACAAUAAAGAGCCAGAACAUCCACUGAUGGAUCUUAGAGAGUUCUCAUGGCCAGAGGACGACUUCAAAGAGAACCCGAUCCGGGCGCCGAGCCUUCAACAGCACAUGCCGACAGUGGUCGAUGAAGAGAUGAAGUUCGAGCCAGAAACCAAGACUGACCCAAAGAUGAUCCCUGACGCGGAAAAUUCAAGACGCUGGGGUACUGUAAAGUCAGUUCCCCUGCCAGAAUCAGCCAUGUCGUCGUCGAAUCUUCAAGACAGUGAUGAUAGUGAAGGAAAUGAUGACGGAAGUGUAAAGGAGGAAAUGGAUGAGGGAAAGAAGCAGAGACCAGAAUCAGUUGACAAUAAAGAAAAACCCGGACUGGAAAGGGUUCAGCCACCGAUUUUCAAUGACCCCAUCGUUACGGUCAAACCGGUGGAGCAACGUGUUGGACCAAUUGUUGAGGUAAAGGCAGAGCUUUUUGCGGCAGAAUCCACAACACCGCCAACGACUACAUCCACAACUACCGUACCUGUAAAACAAGAGAGUCCGAGACCAAAAGAAUCCACCGUGACUCUACGAUCCCACGAAGAAGCUAUUGAGUACCUGAAGUCGAAGAUUGAAGCUCUCGAGAAGAGACUAUUGGACAGAAUGGAUCAAAAUGUCCUGAUGCCGAAGAAGAAUCAUCGUCAAGAGAACGAUUUCAUCGCGAGUGACGACGAAGUGGAGAAUGUUCGACGGCAGUCGCGACUCGAUUCGCGACGUCGCAUCGCGACGGCCGAGCAUGACCAUACUGCCGAUGUGCUGAGUAAUCUGGAUGACCUCACCUCUAGUGAACAGAACCAAGAUGGGCCUGUAGAGUCGCAAGACGGUUCUAUGGCUCGAUCCGUGAGAAUGGUACGACAUUCUCCACCAGAACAGCCGUCGAUUGUUUGGACCGACGUGGAAACGGGAUUUUCACUGGAGACCUCCACUCCAACUCGGAGGAGAAGAAGGCUUUUCCGUUGA